AUGUUACUCUUACGUUCGCCAUCAUUAGUUAGUACCAACAUUUAUACGUUUAUAUCAUUAAUAUUUAUUAUUGGUAUUCCAUUAGCAACGGUAGAUACUUGCAGUAAAACACCAUCAUGUCAAUUAUUUUUAUAUAUAUUACCCAUGUUAACAAUUCUUAAUUGUCUUUCUUUGUACAUAUCAUCAAAUACCUGGUUAGAAGCAACAUCCUAUGUACCAUUCGUAUUUUUAAUAUUAUCGUUUUGUUCAUUAUUAAUAUGUAUAAUUUUAUCAUCUUCAAUAUUAACUCUGUACAAAAAUAGACUUAUGCUAUGUUAUUUAGUCUAUAAUUGUAUCUCUAUAAUAGUAGUCAUUGCCAUUAUAGUUUUAGUCAGUAUUACCUAUCUCUUAGGUACAAUUUUUUGUCAAAAACGUAAAAAUCAAAUGACAUUAGAUCAACAACAAGAAAUUUGUUAUACAAAUGAGAUAAUUGAUGUUAAUCAACUUGUAGUACGAUAUAAUGAUACUGAUGAUGCUUUUAUUUGCAUGUGUAAAUUACCUGGCAGAAAAACGCGUCGUGAUGUAAGAAAUUUAUCGACAGAUUUAACUUAUAUUCAAAAUACUUACAAUAUUGAUAUUAUUGUAACAUUAAAUGAAGAAAAAGAUUUAUCAUUUAUGAAUACAAACUAUGAACAAUUUGAUUUUAAUAUUUAUGUAAAUUCUAUUAAAAGUAGAAAUAUUCAACAUAUUUAUCAUUCUAUUCGAGAUAAAUUUAUAGCAAAAUCCAUGCGUAAUUACAUUAAUUUUAUUUUUAAAAUAGUAAAAUAUAUUCAUGAUGGUAAAAGAAUUUUAGUUCAUUGUAUGGGUGGAGCUGGACGAACUGGAACAGUGGUUGUAUGUAUCCAGUUAGUGCUAGAACAUCUAUCAAAACCUCAACAACAAUCACUUUUUUCUCGUAUUAUUCAUUAUCCAUGUUGCUAUUUGUUUAUUAAUCAAUGUAAUGUGUGUAAAAUAAUUUAUAGAACACGUCAAAUAAGAAAACAAACCAUACAUAAUCCAUUUCAGAUAUUUUUUAUUCAUGAAUUUUAUGCAAGAUUACAAUCAAAAAAGUAUAUGCAAAAAACACUAAUACAGACAACAGUAGAUAAUGGUGAUUCUCUUGUACUAGAUACUGAUGAAUUGUAA